CAAACACCAUUUGUGAAUCUUUAAAAGAUAAUAGUUAGCACAAUGAGACUUCAAUCUGUUGUUCUUCUCCUAUUUGUUGUGUUUGUGGCCUCUAUGGCUAUAAGAAAUCAAGCUGUCCCCGGUGGUUGGGUCCCCAUCAAGGACCUUAACGACCCCCAUGUGAUCGAACUUGCCAAUUUCGCUGUCACUGAACAUGACAAACAAACACAGUCGAAUCUAAAGUUUGAUAAAGUCAUAGGUGGUGAGACUAAGGUUGUCGAAGGGAUAAAAUACUGCCUCAACAUUACUACUACCGGUGGUAUUGAUUUUAACAAAUAUACUGUUACUGUUUUGGAGAAGGCAUGGCUACACUUUAGAAACCUCACUUACUUUGUGCCUAUUCGUGAUUAAAUCAUUCUUGGAUCUUAUAGCAUCAUUCACAUGUAAUCGUGCAAUAAAUUAUUUUUCAUUAUAAUGAAUUGUGAAUCCAAUUGUGUUGUCAAUAUUUACAAACUUUCUUA